GAGUGUCAGUGCUGGAUGUGAGGAUGAGGUCCACUUUGAUCUGUGUGCUGGGAUUAUUCUUGAUGAAUACACUCUGCUACGGACAAUAUGAAGAUGUGAUCUUGGAAAGUCCUGCAUUCACAUUGUUUGAGGGAGACUCAGUGACUCUGCGCUGUAGCCAUCGUCCUCCUGGAAAUGAGAAGGAAGCCACUUUCUACAGAGAUGGAUCGCCUCUUGAACUGGACACAAACCAUCAAUCAUAUAGAAUAUCAGACACUGCUGUAGAAAUGACCAUUCAUUCAGUAUCAGUGUCAGACAGAAACUUAUAUAAGUGUAAGUUUGAUGGAGGAAGAGAAUCAGAAGAGAGACGACUACAAGUGGAAGCAGGUAGACGCAGGGUUACACUGACAGCAGACAGGAAGACCAUACGAGGACAGCAGAGUGUGACACUGACCUGCAUUAUGGAGGACUCUGCUGACUGGGAAUAUGACUGGUUCAGAAAAACCUCAACAGAUUCUGGAAAACCUCUUCAGACAGCAGACGAUGGUGAAUCAAACAGAUUCAGUAUCUCACAGGGAGGAAUUUACACCUGCAGAGGACGGAGAAGUGAACCAGAUGCCCUCACACCUGAAAGUAAUGAAGUCACCAUUGAGGAAACUGUUUCCAACAAGGCUGUUGUGACUCUGCAACCCAACUGGUCUCUGAUAUACAGUGGUGAGACAAUCACUGUCAGGUGUGAGAUAGAGAGAGGUGGAAACACUCGAUGGGAAUAUGAAUGGAGAGUAAACAACUUGGACUCACCUCAGAAAGACAAAGAAUUCAGAAUCAGAGCUUCUUCAUCCAGUAAUAUAAACUUCAUGUGUAAGGGUAGAAGAGAUUUAUAUUCCUCAACAGAGUGGAGUGAAGCCGUCACACUGAGACAAUCAUUGAAUAAAGCCAAACCGACACUGACAGCAGACAGAUCCAUCAUACCAGUAGGAGGCAGUGUGACACUGAGCUGCUCUGUGGACUCCUCUGCUGACUGGAAAUACUACUGGUUUAGACGUGACUCAGGUUCUUCUGCUCUUCAGUUCAUAACAAAUGUUAAACCAGUUAACAAGGUCUCAGAAGGAGGCAUCUAUCAGUGCAGAGCAGGAAGAGGAAACCCAGAGAUCUCCACAGAGUACAGCAGAGCAGUCACUGUUUGGAAAACUGUUUCCAACAAGGCUGUUGUGACUCUGCAACCCAACGGUCCUCUGAUAUACAGUGGUGAGACAAUCACUGUCAGAUGUGAGAUAGAGGAAGGUGAAAACACUCGAUGGGAAUAUGAAUGGAGAGUAAACAACUUGGACAUAUCUCACAAAGAUUAUGAAUACAAGAUCAUCAGUGCUUCCCACAGUGGAGACUACAGGUGUAAGGGCAGAAAGGACUCAUAUUCCUCAACAGACUGGAGUGAUGCCAUCAGAUUGACAGUAUCACCAAACAAACCCAAACCCACAGUGACAGCAGACAAAACCAUCACACCAGUAGGAGGCAGAGUGACACUGAGCUGCUCUGUAGACGAUUCUCCUGACUGGAAAUACGACUGGUUCAGACAAACCUCUGAGUCUUCUGCACCUCAACUCAUAAGAAAUGUUAACCCAGACAGAGUCACAAGUGUUUAUGAAGGAGGCAUCUACUACUGCAGAGGAGGAAGAGGAGACUCAGUCUUCUACACAGAGGACAGCAACAAAGUUACUAUUCAGGAAACUGUCCCCAAUAAGGCUUUUGUGACUCUGCAACCCAACUGGCCUGAGAUAUACAGCGGAGAGACAGUCACCAUCAGAUGUGAGAUCCAGGGAGGUGGAGAUACUAAGUGGACGUAUGAAUGGAGACCAGACAACUUAAACACAUCUCCAACACUCAGUGAACACAAGAUUAGCAGCACUGAUUACGACAGUGGAGGAUACAGUUGUAGAGGACUGAAGGACUCAUAUUCCUUUACAGAGUGGAGUAAUGUCAUCAGACUGACAGUAUCAUCAAAUAAACCAAAGGCCAAACUGAGAGCUGACAACAGAGAUAUUCCAGUAGGGGGCAGUGUGACCCUGACCUGCUCUGUGGACUCAUCAUCAUCUGGUUGGAAAUACUACUGGAACAAAAGUCCUGGACCCCUGACCACACAAGAUGCUGUUUUACAAUCAAAUGGACAAAUAAAGGUCUCACAGGGAGGAUCCUACUGGUGCAGAGGAGGGAGAGGAGACCCGGUUUACCGCACAGAGUACAGUGAUUCAAUCUGGAUCAACAAUAUUGUCUCAAAUAAGGCUGUUGUGACUCUGCAACCCAACUGGACUGAGAUAUAUAGAGGAGAGACGAUCGUGCUGAGAUGUGAGAUCCAUGAAGGAGACACAGAGUGGGAGUAUGAAUGGAAGAGUCCCCGUUACACAUCUACAAAGAAAAAUGAAUACAUGAUUAGCAACGCUUCUUCACAACACAGUGGAAACUACAGGUGUAGAGGCAAAAUGAAAAAUGAAGGACAUAAUUCAACAGAGUGGAGUGCUGACAUCACAUUGACAGUAUCUGAUAGUAAGUCUGCUGUCCUCACUGUGUCUCCAUUAUGGCUGAGUCCUGGAGACUCAGUAACUCUGAGCUGUGAGGUUGAACAUCCAUCUGCAGGAUGGAGGUUUUACUGGUAUAAGACUGUUCCCAAACUAUCAGACAACUCCUACAUCUAUGAGCUGCUACCUGGUAGCAUCAGUGGGACUGAACAGGAUUCCUACAUCAUUCAUGGACCGACACACACAGCAGGAUAUAUGUGUAGAGCUGGAAGAGGAGACCCAGUGUAUUACACUCAAUACAGCAAACCUGGGUUUGUUUGGUCUGGAGAUGUUCAUUCAGCAGUGACUCUCAAAGUGAGUCCUGACAGAGUGCAGCACUUCACCUCUGACUCUGUCUCACUGAGCUGUGAAGGAAACUUUACUAAGUGGAGAGUGAGGAGCUUUCCUGAGAAUCGCUACAGGUCAGACUGGUAUAACUGGAGGUCCAUGACUGAAUCCACAUGCAACAUCUACAGUUCACAGCAGAGUGAUGCAGUGUACUGGUGUGAGUCUGGAUCAGGAGAGUUCAGCAGUGCCGUCAACAUCACUAUACAGAAAGCAGAUAUUAUCCUGGUGAGCCCUGUGCAUCCUGUGACUGAGGGACAGUCUGUUACUCUUGGCUGCAAACUGAGGACAGGAGGAUUACUUUCCAACGUGUUUUUCUAUCAAAAUGACAAACUUAUCCAAAAUGAUACCAGAAGAGAGCUGAAUAUCUCUGCAGUGUCAAAGUCAGACGAAGGUUUCUACAAGUGUAAACAAUCAGGAAAAGAAUCAGCACAGAGUUGGAUGUCAGUUCAGGAUCCAGCAGCUGUCGUCACUGUGUCUCCAUUAUGGCUGAGUCCUGGAGACUCAGUAACUCUGAGCUGUGAGGUUAAACAUCCAUCUGCAGGAUGGAGGUUUUACUGGUAUAAGACUGUUCCCAAACGAUCAGACUACUCCUACAUCUAUGAGCUGCUACCUGGUAGCAUCAAUGGGACUGAACAGGAUUCCUACAUCAUUCAUGGACCGACACACACAGCAGGAUAUAUGUGUAGAGCUGGAAGAGGAGACCCAGUGUAUUACACUCAAUACAGCAAACCUGGGUUUGUUUGGUCUGGAGAUGUUCAUUCAGCAGUGACUCUCAAAGUGAGUCCUGACAGAGUGCAGCACUUCACCUCUGACUCUGUCUCACUGAGCUGUGAAGGAAACUUUACUGAGUGGAGAGUGAGGAGUUUUUUUCCUGAGGACCAGAACAGGUCAGACUGUAACUGGAGGUCCAUGACUGGAUCCACAUGCAACAUCGACAGUUAUCAUCAGAGUGAUGCAGUGUACUGGUGUGAGUCUGGAUCAGGAGAGUUCAGCAAUGCCGUCAACAUCACUACACAGAAUGCAGAUAUUAUCCUGGUGAGCCCUGUGCAUCCUGUGACUGAGGGACAGUCUGUUACUCUUGGCUGCAAACUGAGGACAGGAGAAUUACUUUCCAAUGUGUUUUUCUAUCAAAAUGACAAACUUAUCCAAAAUGAUACCAGAAGAGAGCUGAAGAUCUCUGCAGUGUCAAAGUCAGACGAAGGUUUCUACAAGUGUAAACACUCAGGAGAAGAAUCAGCACAGAGUUGGAUGUCAGUUCAGGCAGUGUCCAGGCCUGAAAACUCUUCAUCUCUUGUACCAUUAAUUGUUGGGCUGGUUUGUGGAGUUGUAUUUAUUAUUCUCCUGAUCCUGUUGUAUCUCUACAAACGAUCCAAAGAUUCUCACUCUGUCAGACCAAUCCAGUCUGAGAGCACCAAUCAGGACUCUGCCACACAUCACAUGGUCAACCUGAAUGAAACUCAAGAUCACAUCUACAAUUCUCUUCUCCACGGUGAUGUUAGUAUCUAUGAAUCAAUCAGAGGCUCUGAAGACCCUGAAAACGGUAAAGUAUAAACCUUAACAUGGAGCAGUCUGAAAUGGAACAGUUACAUAAUUUAAGGGAAAAUCAUUUACAAAAUA